AUGGCUAGCACAACAAUGGUCAAAUCUCCUUCAAUCAAGGCAAGGAUCAGAACAGCGAUCGCACCAUGGCGACUCGGGGAAGAUGAGCCGGACUUCACCUAUGAGCAGCUGGUCGUUAUGGCAAUCCUGAUGAAUGACGGGGAAGCUUCAGAGGUUGAGAUCCAUAAGUGGGUAUUGGACACGUUCUCGUUCUACCGUGAGCAACUUGCUCGAGCACUCCGAGUGUCUACCAGAAAAGAGAGGUGGAAUCAUAGUUUCCAAGACUACUUUCCACACACAUUCCACCACGGACUCAAUCUAACAUUUCAGGGAUUCGAGACGCCACUGCGGGAAGUCAUGUAUGAAGGCAGCGGUAGUGAUACCAGUGACAGUGGCGACGACGAGAACGACGGCCGGAUCUUCUCGGUCACGGAUGCAGCAGGUGCUGAGUUCUUGUGUCCGAUCUUCCCACAUCCUCCCCGCGCUAUCGACACAUCAGCCUUCGACUUCUUUGCGCUACCUGCCGAGUUGAGGGGCGCCAUAUAUGGAAUAGUGUUCUCGUAUCCGAAAUCAGGAUUGGCUACGCAGUUAUGUCGCAAGAGAGAGCCCUUCUACGUCUCUUCUCGGACAAGGGAAUACGAGCAUGCUGUCAGCUGGGAAGAUUGCGACAUCUUACAAGGAGCUCGGAAUAGCGAGACUGCUAUUCGCACAAGACCAAUGGAAGACAUCCUGGAGCCACUGCUUGUCAGCAAGCAGUUCUACGCUGAAGCCAUGCCUGUGUUCUAUCGCACUAACAACUUCCACGCUACAUCAACCUCAGUGCUGUAUCAUAUGCUCAUACGGAUGGCGCCGAAUCGACUUCAACAUCUGACGCAGAUAUCAUUCCAGUACCACGGUAAUUUUGGCACGGAGACUACCAAGGCAUUCGCUAUCCUCGCUCAGCUCGACCAUCUUAAGAAGCUCGAUAUCUUCGCCAAUAAACAAGAAUGGAUUGGAAGGGGCAGCUUCGUGCCUUCAUCUAAAAGAUACUCCUCCGUCAUGAACAUGGACGGUGUAGACAAGUUGCGUGCUAUCAGGGGACUGGAUAGAGUCACCUUCCACGGGAGUCCGACACUCGAGCGCGAGCUGAAGCCGGACAUGUUGAAGCCCAAGACCAAGAAGAAGUCGACCCGUGCGGGCACGAAGCGCAAAGGGGACGGUCGCGAGCAUCCUCUGACCUUUGUUGUCAAGGAGGCGAAAGCUAAGAAGCCAAGGCGUACAUACCAGUCUGGGUGA